GGUGAUGCCGAUGAUCUGACAAAAACACCAUAAAAAUAACCUUGAAUAUAAUUGGUAAUUAGUGUAGGAAAACAGAUGGUCAAAACUCAAAAGAGUUAAGAUGAGAAGAAAGUCUAAGAGGCCGGCCAAACAAGUUUUGAACGCGUGGAUUGUUCCAUACUGGUUCAUUAAGUCGUCGAUUACAUAGAGCAAUUGCAGUGGAGCAUCCAGGAGUACAUCCAACAAUUGUAGUGAAACAUCGAGGAAAUUGCUAGUGAAAAAAAAUACUCAAAUCUGAUCUCAACUGAUGUAGACUUCUCCAAGGUAAUUUGACUAUUUCCUGCAUCAUUUUGGUUCACGUAUUUAGGCAGAUGCUCUUUGAUCAGUUCAACAAUAUCCCUAUGCUAGUGAAAGAUAAAACUUUGCUCUACUUCCCAAUAAUGAGUCCUCCCAAGUUAUUCUUUCUGCUACUUCUCAUCCUUGCAGUAGUCAUAGUUAUGUUAGUUCUUUUGGGCAUAAAGAAGACUCCAAAGCUUGCUGAGGCUGCUGGGCUGACAAUUGCAGUGUUUACUGGUCUUGUCCUGCUACAGAAGAGACGCAAUAAAAAGAAGAAGCAGGGCCAUUUUGAACGAAAUGGAGGUCUUCUAUUGGAGAAACAAUUAUCUGCUGCAGAUGGUGCUAUUGAAAAAACUAGAAUUUUCAUGUCUAGGGAAUUGGAGGCGGCCACCGAUGGAUUCAACGAAAGUCGAAUACUUGGUCAAGGUGGCCAAGGUACAGUAUAUAAAGGGAUCCUAGCCGAUGGAAGAAUUGUGGCAAUCAAGAAGUCGAAGGUUGACAAAAGCCUGUUGGAGCAGUUCAUCAACGAGGUCGUCAUUGUUUCGCAAGUUAAUCACAGGAAUGUGGUAAAACUUCUGGGUUGUUGCUUGGAGACAGAAGUUCCUCUGCUUGUCUAUGAAUUUAUCCCUAAUGGAACCCUAUUUAACCUCAUUCAAAACGACAAUAAGGCUGAAUCCUUCCCUUUUACUUGGACCUUGAGAUUAAAAGUAGCCACAGAGGUAGCAGGAGCAUUGGCAUACCUACACUCGGGGCUUACAAUUCCAGUCUUUCACAGGGAUAUCAAGUCCACCAACAUAUUGUUGGAUGAAGAAUACAUAGCUAAAGUAUCAGACUUUGGAGCUUCAUUGUCCAUUGCAAUUGACAAAACCCACAUGACCACUCGAGUCCAAGGGACUUUCGGCUACAUCGAUCCAGAAUAUUUCCGGUCGAGCCAAAUUACUGACAAAAGUGACGUUUACAGCUUUGGGGUGGUUCUUCUUGAGCUCCUGACAAGACAAAAGCCCAUACCUUCCAGAGGAGAAGGAGAAGAUGUCUAUUUAGGAUUGGCACAAAGGUUUCAGACAUCCAUGGAAGAGAAUUCUCUUCCAACGAUUCUUGAUCCUCAAAUUAUAGAUCAAACAAAUGAAGGGGAGGUCAUUGCUGUUGCUAAACUUGCACAGCGAUGCAUAGACUGGGAUGGAAGGAGGAGACCAACUAUGAAGGAAGUUUCCAUCGAGUUGGAAAACAUCAAAAUGUCAAGAGGGGGUUUAACUAUUCAAGAAAAUUAUCAAAGUUCAAGUUGCACCGACGAAGAAGCUGUUGUGAUGAUUGAUGUUUACGACGCAUCGACUAUUGGAAGUGAGAACGUUAAGUCAACUUCAGAUGCCUACGCGGUAUUGAACAAUACAAUCUAAUUCAGCGCUGGCGGCAAAAUGACAGGGCUGGAAAGGUGCAACGAAUCUUCCGUCACACGUCACGUGUCACUCUCUAUCAAUUUUUUUAUUAUAUUACUAUAUCUCUUUCAUAAA